UCUUGUUUGCCCUUCUCCUCAUUAGCUUCCUCUGGUUGGCCUCAGGUCUGCCUUGAGGAGCCCGUCGAUUUGAAAAUGAACGUCACAGGUACAACAGACCCCACCCUCACGGAUGAAAGCAUCUACAGCAUUUACUAUCAUGAUGACAAUUUCCCCGAGCCUUGCACCAAAGAAGGCGUCAAGAAAUUUGGGGGUCUCUUCCUGCCUCCUCUCUACACCUUGGUCUUUCUGUUUGGGCUGCUGGGAAACUCCAUGGUGGUUCUGGUCCUGUUCAAGUACAAGCGGCUCAGGUCCAUGACGGAUGUGUACCUGCUCAACCUUGCCAUCUCGGACCUGCUCUUCGUGCUCUCCCUUCCUUUCUGGGCCUACUACGCGGCAGACCAGUGGGUUUUCGGACUAGGUCUCUGCAAGAUUAUUUCCUGGAUCUACCUGGUAGGCUUCUACAGUGGCAUCUUCUUCAUCAUGCUCAUGAGCAUCGAUAGAUACCUGGCGAUCGUGCAUGUGGUGUUUUCCCUGAGAGCCAGGACCGUGACUUACGGGGUCAUCAUCAGCUUGGCCACGUGGUCAGUGGCUGUCUUCGUCUCCCUGCCAGGCCUUCUGUUCAGCACUUGCUACACAGAGCGCAACCAUACCUACUGCAAAACCAAGUACUCGUUCAACUCCACGCAGUGGAAGGUCCUCAGCUCCCUGGAGAUCAACGUUCUAGGCCUGGUGAUCCCCUUGGGGAUCAUGCUGUUUUGCUACUCCAGGAUCAUCAGGACCCUGCAGCACUGCAAAAACGAGAAGAAGAACAAGGCGGUGAAGAUGAUCUUUGCCGUGGUGGUCCUCUUCCUGGGGUUCUGGACGCCGUACAACGUGGUGCUCUUCCUGGAGACGCUGGUGGAGCUGGAGGUACUCCAAGACUGCACCUUUGAGAGGCACCUGGACUACGCCAUGCAGGCCACAGAGACGCUGGCUUUCGUCCACUGCUGCCUGAACCCCGUCAUCUAUUUCUUCCUGGGGGAGAAAUUCCGCAAGUACAUCAUCCAGCUUCUCAAAACCUGCAGGGGCUCUUUCGUGCUCUGCAAGCACUGCGGGCUCCUCCAGAAUUACUCCCCCGACGCCCCCAGCUCAUCUUACACGCAGUCCACCAUGGAUCACGAGCUGCACGACGCGCUGUAAACCAUGGAAAUGCACCACCACCACCAAAAUAACAGAGUUAAUAUCCUUACCAAGUUAAAAGUUUACCUACAAUUGUAUCCUAGGAAGAGUUCCCCGAGCGGGGGUGAGGGAGAAGAUGUACAUCCACUGCAGAAAGUGGGGCUUCUCGCCCUGCGGUCAGCUGUCCUCUUGCCACGUACAAGUUCAAUGCGGCAAGAGUUCACGCGGCCCGCACCAGGCUGGCCUGCGCGACCGGUUAACCUGAGGAGAUUUCUGAGCAGUGUUUCAAAGAGAAACAAUAUUGGAAGACAUUCAUUCCCUUCUGACCUGGACAGAUGGGGUUCUCCUGAGGGAAGAGAAGAGAAUUGACUGGUGGCGUAAAUCGCUACUUUCUGCUGAGGGAAAUGGGCUCUUCCAUGAAUUUCUAGCUUUUGCAGAAAAAUAUAGAAAACUUUGACAGGCUGUGCCAGUGUUUUUUUCUGAUAGCAUAUCUGAAGCCAGGUAUAUGUGGAAAUGAAUAGCGAAGUCAUGAACGGAGAUCUUGAUUCUUUGAAUGUAAAGGAUUGUUUGUUAGUGGAAGCCGAACUUUUUACGCUGAUUCCAAGUAGAAAGAGAUGAAGGC